GUUCUGAGGACCCGGGUUCAAUCCCCCGGCCCCGACUGUGUGGAGUUUGCAUGUUCUGCCCGUGCCUGCGUGGAUUUUCUCCGGGCACUCCGGUUUCCUCCCACAUCCCAAAAACAUGCAUGAAUUGGAGACUCUAAAUUGCCCGUAGGCAUGACUGUAAGUGCGAAUGGUUGUUUGUUUCUAUGUGCCCUGUGAUUGGCUGGCAACCAGUUCAGGGUGUACCCCGCCUCCUGCCCGAUGACUGCUGGGAUAGGCUCCAGCAUGCCCGCGACCCUAGUGAGGAGAAGCGGCUCAGAAAAUGGAUGGAUGGAUAUAUAUUAUACCUCUCCCACAUGCUUAAAACACAUUUAAACUUAUCAAAGUACACUUUAAAUGCAUAGUAAAUGUAUUUGCACAUGCACAAAAAAAUCUAAGUCUAGAAAAUACCAACCUCAGUCAAUACACUGAUCCAUAGACAUACAUAUAUAUAUAUAUAUAUAUAUAUAUAUAUAUUGUAUAUAUUUUGAAUUCAUUUUUGAGUUCAUAUUAGUUUAAAAUUAUUAUUUAACAUGACAGUAUAUUUACGUCUCUUACAUGCUGAAAAUAAGGAUACAAAUGCAUAUCCCACUUGGGAAUUAAUUAUAGUACUAUAUUUAUAGUGUACGUAUUAAAAUGACACCCACACCACUCCCAGACCGCGGCAGCAAAAAGGUCAGUUCCCCCUCGCCCCCCGGUCGCCGAGUCCCUGCCUCCUCCUCUAUAACCACCGCCGGGGGACAGAGGUUGAACAAGUCAGCCGCUCUUGUGGACGCCGCUGACCGCUAUGGCCUCGACUCCCUCCGCCUCGGCCCUCACCUCCGUGCUCCGGUGUCGCGGGACUCUAUGGACCAGGAAUACGCCAAGCAAGCGGAGCUCUCCCUCGGCUUACGGCCCCGCGCUGGCCGCCGGACCUCGGCCCGACUUCGGCCGCAGAGAGAGCUUUUUGUCGGCGUUCGGACUGGCGGUCCGUUACGACUCAUCACUACGGGUGAGCAGCGGGGACCACCGUUUGAGGGAUUCGUCAAGAGGCGUGCCGCAGGUGGUCACUCACCCUGCGGCGCCCCGCUGCCCCGAAGCGAGUACCGGGCGGCCUGGAGUAGCUCGUCAACCCGCUGCUGGCGUCGUCGUCACCCGGCUGCUUCGACCGUGUCAAAUUAACGUGUUUAUUAGGGACGCAUGUGAGCAUCCGUGUGAGCUUUGGGGAGUCUGCCGUGACGGGGUAGAAGAGACGCCGUCUUUCGUGGAGGCCAGAUGGGCGACUUUGAGGAGCACCUGCCGCUCUCUCAAACUUCUGCUAAACCACAUUGUGCUACGGAGGCUGGCCGUGCUGUGCGGAUGCGACAGGGGGCGCCAUCGCAAGAUUGAGAGAGAUGAGUCCGGACAGAGGAUCCCGAAAAACGGAUUUGACUAACAGUCCUUGCCCUUGAACUUGAAAGACUGUGACCCCUGUCUUUGUGUAUGCGUGUGUGUUUCUGUGUGUGCGCGUGUGUGUAAGUAAUUUUACACGAAAUGACCUCAACAUUAGAUCCACCUACAGAACUAUUUGGUUAUCUUGUGUCCACAGCUGUAACACGUGGUAGUGCGGGUGUACCUAAAAGUGCAACCUUCACUACUUGUAUUUUGCACAUUUGGACUUCAAACUACAGUAUUGAGCAAAAAGGUUUGUGAAUUCUGUUGGGGAACGCAGAGAAAUACUUGCAACAAGAGGUAACAAAAAAAAAAAAGUCUCUGUCAUUGACUGAUAUGAUGAUAAUGUGUGUGUAUGUGUGGAAUAAGUGCCUUCAAUCUUUAAAUCACACUUUAAAAAUCAUUUUUACAAUUGAGCCUCUGAGAACUACAGAGGGCUAACACAAUUUUUGUCAUUUUGCAGAAGAGUGAGCAUUUUAUGGAUGCAGUUAAGUCUGGGGGAUUUGUAAGGCAAUGAAUUGUGGAUACUUGUUUUUUUUUACUGAAAUUGUUUUUUUCUUCUUCAGAUUUUGGCAAUUUGCCAAGUAUAAUGAUUUUGGACUUGGAUCGUAUUGGUUGCACUUUAACCCACAACUGAGAUACGGUCAUCAUCAUUAGUUUCAUUGGUCGAUAGGUCACUAUCAGUAUCAUCUAGGUUACCUCAUAGAAAAGAAAUAAACCGGAAUGAGAAAAAAAAAAGUUUUGUGCAAUAGGGGUCUAACUGCUAGGAGUUGGCACUGUGUUGGAUUCUUCCGUUUCAUAGAUUGGAUCCCGGCCCGUAUUGUCUAGGUUGCCUGAAAAAAAAAAAGAAACUAACUGGGAUUAGAAAAAAGGGUUUGGUGCAAUAGUGGGCUAAGUACAAACAUGAGUCAACUCUAUCAAAAUCCAUGAUGUUGAAUAACAUUCACUAACAAGCAGAUGCGUUGGUUGCCUGCAAAAAAGAACAUCUGUCAAUAUUUCAUAAAAGAUGAUAUAUGACAUUUACUUGUACUGUUGUUGAUCCACUGGCAAUCAAGCUAAAGCACUACUUACUUUCUGAGUCUUCUAUCAAGCUCUGAAACUCACUUUCUGGGAAGUUUUUGCAGGAGUUGAAGCCUGGUUUCAUGGCCGCGGCCAUCUUGAAAAUGGGAGUUGGGACACUGUUGCACUGUUCAUUUUCAUUGGUUGGAUCUCGAUCAGUAGCUUCUAGAUUCCCUGAAAAAAAAGAAACAAACUGGGAUUCGGAAGCUUCAGUGCAACAGUGGUCUAAGUCCGAACAGCUGUCAAAAAACCCAAAAAAAAACAAAUUCAGGUAUAAUAACACGCAAAUGCACUGGCACCCAAGCUAAAGUACCACUUACUUUCUGAGUCUUCUGUCAAACGCUGAAACUCACUUUCUGGUGUGGUUUUGCGGGAGGUGAAGCAUGGUGUCAAGGGUGUGGACAACUUGGAAAUGGGAGUUGGCCCAGUGUUGCCCUGAUGAAUCAGGAAAAGUGCUGAUCCAAAAAUCCAAAAAUGACUGUCCCCUGUAUGUCAAAACUGGAACAAAAACUCGAUUUUAACCAGUAUUCCUCAUUCAUUGAAAGUUUAAAUGGAGUUAGCCCAUUCAAGUUCUCAGUGGUUCAAUUGUGUUGCAAAUGUUUUGCUGUGAUCUUGUAAGUAAGAUUCUUGGCACAGCUGGAAAAGACACCAUGUAAAAAUAGUUGUCACCUGGAAUGAAUUUGAUGCCUGGCAACAUGAAGAAUGUUUAGAAUUUCAAUAGUACCCAUUAAUCACACAAUGUGAUGUUCAACUGCACUUUUAAGUAAUUUCUGCUAAUAAUAAUAAUAAUAAUAUAAUAAUAAUAAUUAUUAAUAAUAUUAUAUAUUGUUUACAUUAUAUUUUUACCUGGUACUCUGCAGUAAAGAAAUUACACUUUCUACUAUUUGAGGUAAUACAGCUUGUUGCAGUGUCACAAUUUAAUUUACAUUUUUUUCAAAUUAUAUAUAUAUUUUUCUAAAGUCUGUAAAGUAACACUGAAAAUUCACUUAAUUUUUUGGCCCAUUAUUUUUUA